UCUCCGCGUGUCCGGUCCGCCAGUGCCACCCGGGAGAGGAGAGUGAUUCUUGCGCAUCGGGGCAAGGCGCGUGUGGGAGCAUGAAGGACUCUUGUGCGUCUCCGUCCUCGUCGUCGUCGGCGGUGCUGCGGGCGGGGGAGCUGGAGAAGCGGAGCGCGAGCCUGCUGCAGCUGUGGAAGAAGAAGCGGGCGGAGCUGCGGGCGGACGGGCUGAGCCUCUUCUCCCCGGAGGGCGGGAAGGGGGCGGCGGGCGGGGGCCUGGGCGGCGGGAGGAAGGAGCUGCGCUUCGGCGCCAUCCAGAAGGUGGACUGCGUGGAGCGGACCGGCAAGUACGUCUACUUCACCAUCGUCACCACCGACCGGAGGGAGAUCGACUUCCGCUGCCCCGGGGAGAGCUGCUGGAACGCCUCCAUCACCCUCGCCCUCAUCGACUUCCAGAACAAGCGCGCCCUCCGGGACUUCCACAGCCGGCGGCAGAAGGAGGAGGAGGAGGCGGAGCAGGCCACGGCGCGCGCCCCCCACGCCAAGCCGCCCACGCGCCGACCCAGGCUCGCCCGCGCCUCCUGAGCCACACGUGAACUGUGGCUCUAGAUGACAAACAAAAUCGGUUGUCUUGGACUUUGAAUAGGAUACCAAUGAAGGAAAGUAUCGAAGGAUGCUUUAAAAUGCCUGGUUUCUUCCAGGUGCGACGCAGCAGCAGAGCAAAGAAGUCAAGCUUCGCAAAAGGCAUUUACAAGCCAAAGACUUUGAAAAAAGAAACAUAAAAAGUUAAGGAAAGGGAUGACUGUGAGCAUGGAUGCCUCAUUUUGCAAUGUUUUUCUAUUUAUAGUAUGCAAUGAAUAUGCAGUCCUUGCUGGUGCAAAACCAAUUUAAAUUAUUUGUAAUAUCUAUAUUUGUAUUUAUUUUGAUAAAUAUCUUUAAGCACAUGUGUCUUAAAAUUGCUUUUAGCAUUUAAAUGUCUCCAUUCCAGAUUAAAUGCUUUUUUAUUACUACA